AUGCAGUCCGACGACGUCGUCUGGUCCAUUGUUGGGCAUCAGUUUUGUUCGUAUCGGUUGGCACCUCAGGGCACGAAGACCCACUCAAACUUCUGCAGGAAUGAGUACAAUCUCACUGGGCUGUGCAACCGGCAAUCGUGUCCGCUGGCCAACAGUCGCUACGCGACGGUGCGUGAACGUGACGGUAUCGUCUACCUUUAUGUCAAGACCGCAGAGCGAAGCCACAGCCCGGCAAGGAUGUGGGAGAGAAUACGGCUGGACAAAAAUUACGAGAGAGCGCUGGCGCAGAUCGAUAAGGAACUGCCCUACUGGGGUAAAUUUGUCGUACACAAGGCCAAGCAGCGCCUGACGAAGAUCACACAAUAUCUCAUCAAGCUGAGAAAGAUUCGGUUAAAGGAGGAAGAGCAGCCGAAGCUGGUGGGCAUCAAAAAGAAGACAGAGAGGAGGGAAGCAACGCGCGAGUCCAAGGCGCUCAAGGCGGCCCGACUGGAAAAGUCAAUUGAAAAGGAGCUGCUCGAGAGGCUGAAGAGCGGUGCAUACGGCGAUGCACCCCUCAAUGUCAAUGAAGAUGUGUGGAGACGAGUCGUUGAUGGCAGACGCGAGAGGGAGCGUGAGGAAGAGGCAGAAGGCCUUGCCCUGGAGGCCGAGGAGAGCGAGGGAGAGGAGAGCGACGAGGAGCUUGAGCUCAUUGAUGCGGAUGAGGACGAUGAAGAUACGCAGGACUUGGAAGCCGGGCACCGCGAAUUCGUUUCGGACGACGAGGAGAGCGAUGACGAAGAGGACGACCAAGAUCUCGAGGACAUGUACGAUUCUGACGGGAAUCCACUCAUCUUUUCCGACGAGGACGGCGAAUCAUCAGCAGGCGAUGAUAAUGAUGAAGGCGAAGACGCAGAAGCUGCUGCCAGGACAGGAAAGAAGCGUAAGGGCGUCCCGUCGCAACAUGAUACCAAGCGACCCUCGAAGAAGCUUGCAGACGCCCGCAAGAAGGGCGCAAAAGGCGGCAAGAAGGGCCCUCAAAUGGAGAUCGAGUACGAGCAAGAGACCGAGCCGCUGUCGCGAGAACAACUCUCUUCCUGGUGA